AUGUUACGCGUUAUUGCACAGCAAGGUUUGACUGCUAGAAUUCUUGCUCGUGUGUUGAAGUUGCGUUACCUUAUUUUCGGUGCUGGAGUUGGAGGGGCGUAUACCAUAAACCAGAAAUACGAGGACAUAAAAAACUCCCUACCCAAUUUCGGUUACUUGAAGAAUUAUCUACCAGAGGAAUCAGAAGUCCAAUCGUUGUUUGCAACUCUAAGAAAUUCAUUAACAUGGACUUCUAAGGACUCCCCGCAUGCCAAUGCGGAACAGGUGGAUGCAUCAGCGUCGGAUCAGGGACAACCUGGAAUACCUAGUGAACAAAAUAUUUCGGCAGAUGAAAUUGAAAAGUUACGAAAAGAGAAAGAGGAAAUAAUCGAGGACCUUAGAAAUGAGCUUAUUAAGACCAAACUUCAGUAUCAAAAGGCUCUCAAUGAUCAAAAAAAUGAAAACAGGAAUCUACGCAAACAGCUCCUUCUUAAAUACCAAAAAACCACUCAACCGGAUCGAAUUAAAAAAACGCUAAUUGACAUGUAUUCCGAGGUUCUCGACGAGCUAUCCAAUCUUGACACAGACUAUAAUAUGCAGGAUCAUCUGCCGAGGGUCGUGGUUGUUGGUGAUCAAAGUUCGGGAAAGACGUCAGUUUUGGAGAUGAUUGCUCAAGCGCGUAUUUUUCCACGGGGAUCUGGUGAGAUGAUGACCCGUUCUCCCGUCAAAGUUACCCUCUCUGAGGGUCCCUACCAUGUGGCCUCCUUCCGAGACAGUCCCAAGGAAUAUGAUUUGACCAACGAGGCAGAGCUUGCAAGCUUGCGAAAUGAGAUAGAGCUUCGAAUGCAAGGUCUCGUUGCGGGCGGCAAGACCAUUAGCACUGAAGUGAUCUCGCUUAGUGUCAAAGGUCCUGGUUUACAGCGUAUGGUUUUGGUUGAUCUGCCCGGAAUUAUCUCUACUCAGACCACUGGGAUGGAGGUCGGAACCCGUGAGAGCAUUCGAAAACUCGUAAAGCAGUACAUGAAUAACCCAAAUGCUAUUAUUCUUUGCAUACAAGAUGGUAGCAUUGAUGCUGAACGAAGUAAUGUGACUGAUCUAGUUACUUCAGUCGACCCUCAAGGAAAGCGAACAAUUUUUGUGCUAACGAAGGUUGAUCUUGCUGAGGCUAACCUCUAUAAUCCAAAUCGAAUCCGUGAAAUUCUCGAAGGGCGACUGUUUCCUAUGAAAGCUCUCGGAUACUACGCUGUUGUUACAGGAAAAGGAUCCAAAGACGAGAGUAUCGAAAGCAUCAAAGAGUACGAGUCUGAGUUUUUCAGAAAGUCGCGUCUUUUCCGAGAGGGAGCGCUCAAGUUGGCCCAGAUGACCACUGAGAACAUGAGUAAGGCGGUGUCUGAACGGUUUUGGAAGAUGGUUAAGGAUUCUGUGGAACAGGAAGCGGACACCUAUCGAGCUAUACGCUAUAACUUGGAGACCGAGUGGAAGAACACUUUCCCAUACAUCCGUGAAAUGGACCGCGAGGAGUUGUUUGAUAAGGGUCGAAAUGAGAUCUUAGAUAACCUCGUCAGUCUCAGCACCAUACCCUCGGUGACAUGGGAGAAGAAGAUCAAGGAGCGCCUCUGGCAGAAACUUCAGUCCUACGUGUUUGAACACAUCUUUGAGCCUGCACAGCUGAAGACCAAUCUUGGGUCCUACCAGACCUUUGUGGACGUGCUGCUCCGCGAUUGGUCACAGCACGAGCUGCCCCAGACCUGUGUACAGGUGGGCUGGGAAGUCCUCUACGAUGAGUUGGAGCGGGCUGCAAAGGAUGCUGAGCACUCGCGCGGCUAUGAUCAUAUCUUCGACAAACUGAAGAAAGAGGUCAUUACGCAGACUCGAAAUCGGCAUCAAUGGGAUGGAAAAGCUAUCACGCGAUUGGACGAUCACACGGUGCACACGAAGGCCCAGUGGGACGCUGCCGUGAACUUCCUAGAGGACGCCCUCUACGCUCGCAUCAAGGAAGUGAAUCAGCUUAUCUCUGAUCUGCGAGGACCGGGUCUGCUUUCGCGUUGGGUGCAUUGGACCAAUCAAACGGAUGAGCAGCGAAAACGAAUCGCCGCAAUCGACGAAAUCCUUCCCAUCCUUGCCUCACAACAGCAACCAAGCAUUGAAAUGUCCUCCGACGAUGUCACCACAGUUCGGCGAAACUUGCAGGCCAAGAAAUUCGCCGUCUCUAACAAAUUCAUUCGGAAAACCUACGCUCCCUUGGUAAAGCAAGUGAACCUGGCGCACGCCCUCGCGGCCUGUCAGUACUGCCGCCGGUGCUUCUACUUCUACCAGCAGGGCUUCAUGGCUCUAUUGGGUGAGGAGGAGGUCGAUCAGCGCCUGGAAUUAGACGGUGAGACCGAGGUGCUACCUUCGUCGAAAGCGCCGCCACCACCUCAGCCCUCCCCUCGGGUCGCCACUAGGGGUUCCGCCCGCGUCGCCAGCGAGGAUGCCCGACAGCCACAUACCUACAUCGACGAAGAGGGCACCGCGAGCGAGGCGGAGAAAACCUUUGUCCCUUCCCCCGUCGCCGCCUCUUCGCCUUUCAAUGACUACAUUGAUUGUCGCGACGUGGUGCUCUUCUCACGCAUCCUUCGUAUGAUGGACGCAUCCAGCAACUCGCUCAGACAACAACUGGUCAACGAUGAAAUCAGGCGAAUGGAGCAACAGGUGAAGAUGGUGCUGAACGAGAUAUCAGAGGAUCCUCUGCUUCUCAGCGUCCUCCUGACCGGCAAGCGUGUUCAACUGGCCGAGGACUUGAAACGAACACGACACAUUCAGGAAAAGUUGGAGGAGUUUAUCGCUGCUCUCAACAACAGUGACUAA